GAUGGUUGCCUGAAUUCCUGGCCCAGAUAGACCAGCUUCAAAGCGCCGACUAUCUAUUCCGUGAUUGUCCUUUUUGCCGUCGCUGUGAUACCGUCCCCGGCUUCGCCGUCUGCCCAGGAUCAUUUCCGGGCGUAUAUCUCCCUUCAACAGGCUCUCGUCCUGACGAGCGCUCAACGCGGGGCUGAGAUCGAUCGAUGACUCGGCCAGAAGAGCCUCUCAUCCCUCUUUGCCACUCUCUCUCAUCUGCGCUGACCAUGCUCGCUCUCGCCAUGUUGAUCGCUUUUGCUGCGCUUGGCGCUCGUAUGACCGAUGCAGUCGGCAAUGGCGGCGAGUGCCAACGACUCAUCGACGGCCAUUGCAUCUACAGCCCGCCGGCCAGCAAAAUGACACAGCCCAUGGCAGUUGACCUGUCCCGAGGCAAGAUACUCCUCAAGACUACAGGCGGUGGUGGUAGCCAGACUUAUCUGCUUGAUGAUCACAGCGACGGAUUCAUUGUGGUCCAUUGUCUCGGGGACGCUAAAGACCAAGCUCUAGAGUUCAGCUUCGAUGGCAGUCAGGCGUUUGUCGUCGGGCCGAUGACAGAUGGGAAAGCGUAUGCUUCAUUCUCAAAUAAUCCACGGAAGGUCGGCAAGGGAGCUGAGCAGGGUAGCAUGACCAAGGGGGUCGAUAUCAUCGUCGGAUGCGAGUAGCUAGCAGAAGGUGGCACUCUCCGUACCCUGUCGCCCACGCUCGUAGCGGGUACAAACGGGUACAAAACAAUCAAAGCCAAUAAGCGACCGCUGCUGACGAGAAGCUGAUGAUCGGCCAACGCUUGCCAUUGACCUGAAUGCGAUCUCCAGUGUGUCUUCUUACAGUUCUUACAAACUACAAUAUCUAACAUGC